AUGAGCUUAGACGGGAGACCAACUGUGGACAUAAUGCCCGCUCCCCUUGACAUCCCAGCCCCGCCCCCUGGAGGAGGAGCCCCACCCCCUAGAGGACCUCCCCCAAUCACAGCCGACAUGGACAUUUUAAUUGACAAGUCUGUCUACGACGUGGUCGAGGCUGUCUUUAACUGCGGACUCAUUAAUUUGGUCUGUAUGCUAGGAGCUUUAGGAAACGUACUCAACAUUUACGUGUUGUCCAAACAUGGUCUCCAAAGCAGCAUCAACAUCGUGCUGUUUUCUCUUGCCGUUGCCGACCUCCUCCUCUUACUGACCCUUCCUCUGAGGAAAAUCUCCCUCAUCAUCGCUUACUUUGACGAAGCUUAUGCACUGACUUUCGAAGCAUAUGUAAUUUGUUACCAGUUCCUGACCCUGAACCGCAUCUGGGCCCUUAUCUCCCACACCCAUGUGGUCAUAAUCGCCGUGGAGAGAUUCCUAGCUGUCUACUUCCCCUUCAAGGUCGGACAACUCGUGUCCCCGGUCAAGAUGAAGAUCAUUACGGUGUGCACACACGUGAGCUGGUACGUUCUGCUCACACCAAUGUUCACAAUGUUCAAGCUGAUCUGGGUGAGGCAUCCUGACUUAAACGCAACGGUCGCCAUCCCUGGAAUCUCUGACUUUUACUUUGAACACGAGCUGGCCUUCAACUUCUACAUUAGCUUCAUAGUCAACCUACUAACGGGAGGCUUGCAGCUGAUCUUCGUCCUUAGUUGUAGUGUAGCGGUCGCUAUAAAAAUCUCCAAGAUGGGCAGGAAAAGACAGGCCAUGAUAUCUUCUGCCCCAGGAGUUCUGAGCAGUAUUGCUCUGGGCCACACCACAUCAGUCAGGACCUUAUCCAGCGUAGUCGAGUCGCAACAAGGCUCGUUUCCCAAGUCUGAUCCCAGCACGAAUGACAAAGAAAGGGAUAGAGUUACUGCAGGCCAGGGAGACAAUGCAGACGAGGAAGCACGUGACCUGACACACAAGCAGCCACAGGAGCAGCCUCUUGGACAGACACUGGAACAAUCAAAAGGGAAGCCACACGUUGGUAGCAGAUCUACCUCAUAUCUUUGGGGAGCAAAAGACGAGAAGAGUGUCAGUUCGUCAGGUCACACCCGUGCCUCCACUCGUGUGGACUUGAAGGUCGUGCGCAUGCUUUUAGUCGUAUGUCUGGUCUAUCUCUGUUUCGUGUUUCCCACGUUUUUCCUGUACGUUUUCCAGUACGUGUUUCAGGAGAUGAAGAGCCCGUAUUGGCAUCGCGUAAACUUCGUGGCUACCUCUGUGCAUAUGUUGCUCCUAGCCCUUAACUCGGCAACAAACUUUAUUGUCUAUGUUGCCACCUCACAGAAGUUUUAUACAACUCUUAAAGCUAUCUUCGUUAAACGUUCGAAAUAA